AUGCGGUCGGUCAUGGGCGCAGUGGACACAGAGACCGAUGAGGAGCCCUCGGUGACCGUCCAGCAGUUCGCAGACUCCUUGGCCCUGGAGAAGCUGGAGGCGCAGCACUUCCUCCGCUUUCUCAACUUGGGAGGCACUGGGUCCAUGGGAGUGAGUAGCCCUGAGGGCUCAACGAUGUCCUUUGGAAGGAAACGAUGCUGGAGCGGCGAGACCAUGGUGAUUUCCCGGGUGACAUGA